CGUAGUCUUGUUUGGAAAGAACAGCGAGAAAGGGAGAUGGAAGAGAUUAAGUCAAGGUUUGAAAGAAUUUGCGUGUUUUGUGGAAGCAGUUCAGGGAAGAAAGCUAGUUAUCAAGAAGCUGCUGUGGAGUUAGGCAAAGAGCUGGUGGAGAGAAGGAUUGAUUUGGUGUAUGGAGGUGGAAGCGUGGGAUUGAUGGGUCUUGUUUCUCAGGCCGUUCAUGAUGGUGGGCGCCAUGUUUUAGGUGUAAUUCCAAAGACCUUGAUGCCUAGAGAGAUUACUGGUGAAACAGUUGGAGAAGUAAGAGCUGUAUCUGAUAUGCAUCAAAGAAAAGCUGAAAUGGCACGACAGGCUGAUGCCUUCAUUGCCCUCCCUGGUGGCUAUGGCACCCUUGAAGAACUACUUGAAGUGAUUACAUGGGCUCAGCUUGGGAUCCAUCGCAAACCUGUCGGUCUGUUGAAUGUGGAUGGAUAUUACAAUUCAUUGUUGUCUUUCAUCGAUAAGGCAGUAGAUGAAGGCUUUAUUUCGCCCAUCUCACGUCGCAUUAUCGUGUCUGCCCCAACUGCUAAGCAAUUGGUGAGACAACUAGAGGAAUAUGUUCCGGAAUACGAUGAAAUAACAUCUAAAUUAGUAUGGGAUGAAGUGGAUAGACUUAGUUACGUGCCUGAAUCCGGAGUUGCCACCUGAUACAUGUCAUCUUGUCUCGGCAACGUAUAUUUUUUUUUUGGUGGGGAUUUUACCUACUAAUUAUAUAUAAGGGUGUAUACGGUUGUAAUGUCGUACAAGUAGGAGAGCACCGGGUGGAGCUUUUUGUUGGAAGUUUGGAACCCUAAAGGCGUAGUCACAAGAUGUAGUGUCAGUUGGCCCCAAGUAAUACUAGUUUUUGUUCAUAUCAAUUAUUAAUUCUUUAAGCUUGUCUCAAUAUAUAGAUUUAUUAUAUACAAAGAAAGAGGGAUUUGCUUUUUGCUGUUUCUUGUAUGGUCGGUGAAAAACCAAGUAAAAAACAGGUUAGGCCCCAUAUAGGAAAUAGUUGUGUUUUUUUUUUUCAUGUUUUGAACAAUAGUUCGUAAGUCAUUAUUAGGGGGGAAUGUGUAUUAAAUCAUUGUACUUUGUUUUUGUUCCUUACAACAAAGGAAUUUAAGUGGCGAUUAUAUUUGCUCAAAA